AUGAGGUCCUGCGUGAGAGCGGGGACGGUGAAGCGGGUGAUACUCACAUCUUCAGACGCCGCGGUGUCGAGGAGACCCCUGCACGGCGGCGGACACGUGCUGGACGAGAGCUCCUGGUCCGAUGUUGAGUAUCUCAGAGCCAACAAGCCACCAACUUGGGGAUACGCGGUGUCCAAGGUGCUUCUGGAGAAGGCGGCCAACGAAUUCGCGGAGGAGAACAACAUGAGCCUUGUCACCAUGUUGCCCGUGUACACCUUGGGUGCGUCGCCGGAUUCCAAGGCCAGAACCAGCGUCCCCAUCACCCUUUCCCUGUUAUCCGGCGACGAGGCACAGCUGGGCGUCCUGUUAGGCCUGCAGGCGGUCACAGAUGACUCCCUGGCGAUAUGCCAUGUGGACGACCUCUGUCGUGCCAAGGUGUUCGUCGCCGAGAAUGAGUCCUCGGCAGGAAGGUACAUCUGCUGCAGCAACAACACCACCAUCCUGCAACUUGCUCAUCUCCUUGCGGAGAAGUACCCACAAUACAACUUGAAACCCGAACGCUUUGAUGGGUACCCAGAGAAGCCGAGAGUGUGUCUGUCGUCCGAGAAGCUCAUCGGGGAAGGAUUCACGUUCAAGUACAAUGACCUGAGUGAAAUCUUCGAUGACCUCGUCGAGUACGGCAGGACCACAGGGAUUCUUCCCUACUGA